AUGCUAGGUACUAGACGCAAGGGUUUAGCAUUAGUAUACUACAGAAAAACUGCUCAUAAGUCCUGUCACAGGCACCUUAUUCCUCCAUGCCAUUUUGAAAAUUCCAUCCACACACUCUGGCAUCCCACACCCAUACUCCUGUCCUCCCAGUUGCUCCAGUUGUUGUUCGUGGCAACCAACUCCCAACUGCCCUCUUGCAGCACAUCACCCACUCUGCAAGACCUGCCAGGAAUAGAACCAGAGCUGUCCCUUAGCGCUCUCCUCCAGGCUAUCCAAGCCCUCACAACCCAAGUUGGGUCCCUUCAGGACCAAGUUAAAUCCCAAGGCAAGCAGAUCAUCCAGCUUGUUGCCAUAUGCAGGGAGACCAACAACCUUGUUGGCAACAAGGAUCAGGGAGGAGCCCAAACCAAGCCUGGCCAUUGA